UUUUCACUAAAAUUUAGUAAUCAAAUCUAAAACAUUAUCUUCAUUUUAUAAACAAGUUUUUAAAGAACAUCAGGGGCAAAAACGAAAUAAAGGACAACCACAAGAUGCGCACUGCUAUUCCUAACCGUCACUCCGCGACGCAAUUGUCUGGCAGAUUGGCUGCCUACACGGGACUUCGUUCGGGAAGCCGCAGUGUAGUGGGAAAAAAGGCGCCUCCCUCCUCGACGUCAGCUGGUGCCUGUACUUCUACGGGAUCAACAUCCUCAACAUUCGUUGCACCAGCUUCAACAAGUUGUACCUUGUCAACUACACCAUCGUCAAGUCCGUCAACAUUACCCUCUUCCACAACCAGUUGCAAAACCACCACCGAUGCAACCACCACGACAAGUACGUCAAGUCCGUCAACUGGUGCCUGUACUUCUACGGGUGCAACCACCACCGAUGCAACCACCACGACAAGUACGUCAAGUACGUCAAGUCCGUCGACUAGUACUUCUCUACGACCGUCAACAUGCGACGAAGCUGAUAAUAAUUGGAUCGAGCCAGACUAUGAUCGGAGAAUGCUGGACCCAGAUAUGAAGGUUUUUGAGCUAGACAGCGGAGAAAAUCUGGGACGCUAUUUGUACGUGCAUAACGUCCGAGAUAAGAUGUUAUGGCGAGGAAUAGAACAACGAUUUACGAUAAUAUUAGUGACUGACGAGUAGUACUUUUUUGACGACGUAGUGGUCCCUACACGACCGAGCUCUGAGAACCUUCAGACAGUGAGAAGGAUUUUAUCAAAGCCUUCAACUAUCAUACCAGAGUCAGUCAUGGACAUGGCCAUGGGCAUGUUGCUCUAUCAUAACUUAUACUUACGCGAUAUAGGUCCCCUUUACCUCAUGAAUAGGUAAAAUCAAUCAAUCAAGGAAUCAACCUUCUGAAGUUCAACAAGUAACAAGGUACUUCCCCUUUUUACUGUCUAAUUCCAAACGGUAGUCGAGAACGGGUUCCGGUUUGUACUAUACGGAGCGGUCGUUCCGGACGCAGCUUGUUGCACUUUAGAAAAGAAGAACUACUGGCUCUGUGUGCCUUAAUUCCAAUUAAGGGUUUCCGAAUUACAUUCCCCACUACCAUCCUUGGCCCUUUUCCUAGUAGAGACGAGGCCAGGGAUUAUGUUCUGAAGAAUGUAAAAAUUCUUUAACCUCAUCUAAGCCAAAGCUGAAACAGAACGGAUUGCAAAAAACUUUUCAGGCUUUUCGGAGAGGGUAGGAAAGGACAAGAUGGUAUUCAAGCUGUAGUAGCCGUCACAUCUUCUAAUGAGUAUUUUCGAAAGAAAAGUAGGAGAAAUUCUUGAUUCUUCAGUGUACUUACUUUUCAAGUUUUUUUGAAGGUAAGUGAGAUGACGUUUUAU